UGCAAUCUGGGCUGACUGCGACACAAGUUUUUUUUUUUUAGGGGGAGAAAAGGCUGAGAAAACCCCACACGUCGACACUCUGGUAUGUUUGCAAAUGGUUGAAAGACGAUCUAUCUUUAUUUUUGGAACGAGGAUCACUUUAAUCUGGCGAUGAAGGCGGUUGUGAAGUCCACGUCAACUUUGGAUGCGGCGGAUUUCUCGAUCGGACAGAAGUGAGAGGCGCUAAGGAGGAUCAAAGUGGACCGGUGUUCAAGUUGGACAAGAAAGAAAAAGAAAAAGGAACGUAUCAAAUAGGGAAUCGUGCCAACUUUUAAGGAUCUGGUCCAGAGUUGAAGGGAGCAUCUGUGAAAUAUGGCGAAAAAGUAUGAUUUUCUCUUUAAAUUGUUGCUCAUCGGGGACAGUGGAGUUGGAAAAACAUGUCUGAUCAUUCGCUUUGCUGAGGACAAUUUCAACUCAACCUACAUCUCGACCAUUGGCAUCGACUUUAAAGUAAAAACAAUUGAGGUGGAUGGCAAGAAAGUGAAACUGCAAGUAUGGGACACAGCAGGCCAGGAGAGGUUCAAGACCAUCACCACUGCCUACUACCGAGGAGCCAUGGGCAUCAUCCUGGUGUACGACAUCACUGACGAGAAAUCCUUCGAAAACAUACAGAACUGGAUGAAGAGCAUCAAAGAAAAUGCAUCUGCCGGAGUGAGUCGAAUGUUGCUCGGCAAUAAGUGUGACAUAGAGGCGAAGCGGAAAGUUACCAAGGAGACGGGAGAAAAGCUGGCGAAGGAUCACGGCAUCAGGUUCUUUGAAACCAGCGCCAAGUCAAGUAUUAACGUUGAGGAGUCCUUUCUGGCGUUGGCACGGGACAUACUUCAGAUAUCCAGCAGGAAACCGGGUCCCGCUGGUCGAGAAGUGAAGAUCACCAGCAGAACUGAGAAAAAAACUUCCAAAUGUGCUCUUCUUUAGACAAAACACUACACAAACCUGGCAACCUGGUGGCGUACAUGUCAAAAUCAGAAUCAAAAAUACUUUAAUGAUCCCAGGAGGCAAAUUUAAGAUUUUCAGCACAAUCCCAUUCAAGAUCAGAUAAACAUUACAGGGAGACAGAACAGGAUCGCUGACAGUUCUGCCAACUUCCGGCGCCCCUUACGCUGGGGAAGGGGAAGUGAGAAAAAAAAAAAUUCAGUCCAAGCCUGGGCCUCUGGAAAGGGGGUCCAGACUGAGGCCAAGGAAUAAAACAAAACCUCAGAGCCAUAGCACACAUAAACAUGUGUGUGAGAGGGAAACAUCAAAGGACAUUAAAGACAUUAAACGAGCAGAGCUGAUGCAACCAGCUACUUCUAAACACAGCCACAAAAGUAAAACAACAACCACGCCAUCGUCUGCUGGGGUAGGUGAGCAUGGCCAGAGACAGGAGCAGACCCAACAAAGCAACCAAGAGAGCCGACUCCACCCUCGGAUGCUCACCAACUCUCGGCCAUAAAAAAAGAAAAAAAAAACCACACUACUAAAGGAUGUUCUGAAAAAGCCCAUACAUUUCUACUUGUGGCCUGUGCAAUAUUUGUCGCCACCGAACCGCUUUAGUCUUUAUUGGAUGUAAUUUUUGGCUCCCACUGCAGUCCCAACAUUUUCAACCAACUGUUACUGCUGAGAUGGACCUUGACCAUUUCAUCGCUUCUACUAAAUGUUGCGAAUCAAGCAGAAGUCGCAAUCGGAUCCUGAAACAUUUUUUUUUUUACAGAGCAUUUUAAAUCAAGGAACGGAAAGUGACGAGACUGAAAAGGCCGCGAAUGUGAAUGUUUGUGCAAUUGAAGCUGUAGGGACGAGAAUGAUGGAUAAGGCAAAGUGAACGUGUAAUUUGUGAGUAAAGUUUUACGGUAAAAUGAGAGGUAAAGUUCCCACUCGGAUGAUCACCACAUCCUGUCAUACUUGCCAACCCUUCCGAUUUGUUUUGCAAUAUUAUGCAAAUAUUAUGUAAGUCCUUCUGGUACCUGCUGAUCUGUAUUAGGGAUAUGCAUAAGUCCUGAAAAUUUGCGCGAGUUCGCCUUUGUAGUCCAUGUCAACACCCUAUGUAUGAAAAUAGACCUGUGCAGACCAUACUUGCCAACCCUCCCGAUUUUCCCGGGAGGCUCCCGAAUUUCAGUGCCUCUCCCGGGGCAACCAUUCUCCCGAUUUACAUCCGGACAACAAUAUUGUCCUCUCUCACCUGAAAAGGAGACUAUUAUCUAUAACCCAUAAAGUAGGCAGGCACAGAGCUAUUUCUCAGCGUGUAUUUAUUCCAGCCGGCACGUUAAUACACUGACACACAACAUGAAUUCCCAUCAUGCAUUGCUUCAAAACUACGGCAAGUAGUAAUGUCCAAAAGACACAACAGAGACAAAGCAGAAGAACGAAGAAGAGACAUGGCGGCGACGAGUAUAUAUAUGUAUAUAUAUAUGUAUGUGUGUAUAUAUAUGUAUAUAUGUGUGUGUGUGUAUAUAUAUGUGUAUGUAUAUAUAUGUAUGUAUAUAUGUAUAUAUAUAUGUAUAUAUGUGUGUGUGUGUAUAUAUAUGUGUAUGUAUAUAUAUGUAUGUAUAUAUAUGUGUAUAUGUAUAUGUAUAUAGAUGUGUAUAUGUAUGUAUAUAUGUAUAUAUGUGUAUAUAUAUAUGUAUAUAUAUGUAUAUAUAUGUAUGUAUAUAUGUAUAUGUAUGUAUAUAUAUGUAUAUAUAUGUAUGUAUGUAUAUAUAUGUGUGUAUGUAUGUAUAUAUAUGUAUAUGUAUGUGUAUAUAUGUAUAUGUAUGUGUAUAUAUAUAUGUAUAUGUAUGUGUAUACAUAUAUGUAUAUAUGUAUAUGUAUUUGUAUACAUAUAUGUAUAUAUAUGUGUAUAUGUAUGUGUAUACAUAUAUGUAUAUAUAUGUGUAUAUGUAUGUGUAUACAUAUAUGUAUAUAUAUGUGUAUAUAUAUGUAUGUAUGUAUGUAUGUAUGUAUGUGUGUUAUGUAUAUAUAUAUUUAUGUGUGUGUAUAUAUAUAUAUAUAUAUAUAUGAAAUACUUAAAUAUUUACAACCCCCCACCCCAAAGUCCCAAAUUCAAAGGUCUCAAGGUUGGCAAGUAUGUGUCGUGUAUCCAAGUGGAGUUCAUGUAGAACCGAUUUAUGGCCACACUUGCUCAAUAAAAACUGAAGACAGUUGA